AUCCAAAGAAACUAAGAUAAAACAUAGAAACAAAACACCUUCCAUCUCUUUCAUAGUCAAAUGGCAAUGGCUCAAAAGGAUAGGAAUACAAGGAUGGCUCAAAGGGCUUUUGAAAUGGUCGAUAAGGUGUACGGUAGGUCCCAGAAACUAAACCCUCCAGUACUAUAUGUUCCUAGAGACGAGCCUGCUCCUCGAUUUAACCAAAACUCUUAUGAAUAUGGUGGACCAAAAGUUUAUACCGUAAAAGAGGGAACUAAUACUACUAGUUGCCGCCGAGUCAUUUAUCAGUAUUCAAAGGAGUCAACCACAAAGGAACCGGUUGUUUCUCUCCCCACGGAACAUAUUCGAUACUUCGGUGGUGUUCGUCCAAAAGGACGGGCUAUUAGCUGCGACGAGGCUGUCCAACUCUAUGGAGGGGUUCUUAUAAAGGAGUAUCGUAAAUAAGCGGGAGGAAACUAAAUUAAUGGUUGAUGGAGGGUAAGUUUGUAAAAAAGUGUUUAUAGUAGUUAUAUCUUAUUACGGAAAAGUGCAGACCAACACAUCUGCUAAAGCUUGUUGUAAUGGUUUUCACUUAGAAUAAGCUUUAGAUCACUACCUAGUGUUUGUGUCUGUUAAGUAUCUAUAAGUACUUCAAGUUGAAGCUUUAUGUAAUAUAAAAUCCUAGGGUGCUCCUUCUGAUGAUGAUAUAUAAUAUAUGCUUUCUUAAUGCAAUUAUGUAUUCUCUCUUUGUAAACACUAGGAAAGGAACCCGUGCGAUAUCGCACGGAAGCUCGUUUUGUAAAAAUAUCGUUUGAAAACUCAUUUUGUAAGAAUAUGUAACAUUGGAUAUUAU